AUGCCAGUAGUGACUAAGUUUGAUGUAGUUCGUAUUUGGGGGAGUGAUGCUGUGGGGUGGGAGUAUGUUGGAUCGGAAGGCGCGUCCAGGGGGCUGGUGUUAAUGUGGGAUAUUAUGUUGUUUAGAAUGAAUAAUUGCUACAAAGGAGAGAGAUGGUUAUGUGUUGAAGGUGUCCUAUUGAAAAAUGAAUUUCCUUGUGCUUUCUGUUUGGUAUAUGGUGCUCAUAAUAGCCUCGAAAAACUUGCUGUGUGGGAGGAACUGAGCUUUAUAGCUGGUGUAUGUCAAGUCCCGAUAUGCUACAUAGGUGACUUCAAUGAGGUUAUUCAGGUUGAAGAGAGGAAAGGACAUGAUAGGUUAACAGGGUCUGCUGAAGACUUCAAGUGCUGGGUACAAGAUAUGCAGUUAGUGGACCUACCUUUGCAGGAUCGAAAGUUUACCUGGUUUAGAGGCCGCUCCUGCAGUCGCAUUGAUAGAGUCCUAGUUAGUAUAGAAUGGAUGGAGGAGUUUCUAGAGAUCCAUUUAAAAGGGGGACCGAGAGGCCUGUCAGAUCACUGCCCGAUUAUAGUGGAGGAUACCAGAUCUAGAGGUGGCCCACGGCCCUUUCGUAGCUUAGAUUCCUGGUUUACACAUGACAGUUUUCUAAGGAUGGUCAGGGAAGAAUGGAGGAAUCUUAGUGCGGCACGGUUCACAGAUAAGUUGAAGGCUUUAACGGUACCUCUGGAAAGAUGGCAUAAGGACAAUUUUGGGGACAUGGAUAGGAAAAUCCAGCGUUUUGAGGAGGAAAUCAGGAAGGUUGAUGAGUUGGCAGAAAAUAGAGACUAUGAUGAUACAGUGGAGGCUAGAAGGAAGGCACUAGUGAGCUGUUGUAAGCAAUGGUAUGUCAGGAAAGAAAUCCACUAG